UACAACUAUUCGGAUAUUAAUAUCCAAAUAUUGUCAACAUUUUUGGACUCUUAUAUUCGAAUUUAGUGCCAGUUUUCAGAUAUUAAUAUCUGAAUAAAACUGCAGAAAAUCCUACACUUACCUGGUUGGUCUUUGGGUGUUACAGGUUGACACUUCAACACUUGGUAGUUUUGUAGGGCCAUCGACUAUACCUAUUUCAACUUGUCCUUCAUACGAUUAUACGGAGCAUUUUACAACGGAGAUGGUUUUUCUAUCCGAUGAAGCGUUGGUAGAUUGGAUAAGAUGCACUGGUAAACAACACGGGUUUAUCAUUGUGAUUAAGGGUUCUGAGAAAUGUAUUAAGAAUCGCACACCUAGGAUGAGAUUUUCAUGUGAAAGGAGUGGUAAGUAUAGGCCGUUUGUGAAGAAAGUUGAUGGGAAGGAGGUAGCUGUGAAGAAGAGAGUACGGUCCACGGGCACCAAAAAAUGUGAAUGCCCAUUUGAAUUGAAAGCUGUAAAGGGCAAUGAUGGUUGGACUAUCUCUGUCCACAAUGGCACCCAUAACCAUCCUCCAGCGGUGUACUUGGAGGGCCAUUCGUAUGCCGGGAGGUUGUCGGCAGAGCAGACUAGCACGGUGGUUGAUUUGUCAGUUGCUUUGGUGAAACCCAAAGAAAUCUUAACCCAUUUGAAGGUUCAAGAUCCUGAGAACGUAACGUCUAUCAAAACCGUGUACAAUGUACGACACAAGUAUCGAGUGAUAGAGAAAGCUGGAAAAUCUCAAAUGCAACAUUUGUUGGAUCGGCUAGAAAAGUACCACUACGUUCAUUGAGCCCGUGGGAAUGAGACUGAGAAUGUCACAGAGUUGUUUUGGUCUCCUCCAUCUGCCGGGGAGAUGUUACGUGCUUUUCCCCACGUUUUAAUGAUGGAUUGCACAUACAAGACGAAUAAGUACAAGUUUCCUUUGCUUCAAAUUGUUGGUGUAACAUCGACUGAGAUGACUUUUUGUGCAGCAUUUGCUUUCAUGGAGUGUGAAAAAACGGAAAACUACACUUGGGUCUUGGAGAAGCUAAAAGGCAUGAUGGAUCCCAACGCGCUUCCGUCCGUUAUUGUCACAGAUAGAGAGUUGGCGCUUAUG